UGCUAUAGUUCUAACAGAUAAGUGCAACUUUACACACAAUUUUGAUGUUGUUGGUAAUGUUUUAAUGUGUUUAAAAGGUGUUUGUGGUCAUUAGGAUGACCAGAGACAUACAAAAAGAUCGUUUUUUAGUUAACCGUGUUAAUUUGUAAUUUGUUUGUUUCAAACAGCCGGGAUGUGCUGACGUCAUGCCACGUGAUUAAAGUGUCUACAUUGGGAACAUUCCGACAUGUAUUAAACAAGCUGCUGAACCCUUGCAGGACUGAUCGCACUCCACGGGGCUCGACCUCCGCACUUAAUUAAAAGUGUCCCGGCAGUUGGCGGUUAGACCCGGUAAACCACGGGAGCGGCUCGUUCCAAAACCGUUAGUGCCGAACUUCGUCUGCGUCAAGAUGAAUGACGCGCACAACAACAGGACUUCCCUGGUCAAAGGCGCCAAGGACAUCGCCAAGGAGGCCAAGAAGCAAGCUGGCAAGAACCUCAGCAAGGCAGCGGACCGCGCCUCGGAUGAAUACUCGGCGCACCGCAGCUAUAAUCAGUUCCAGAACGAGGACGACUACAAUUCCUACGGCCAGCCGGGCGAUGAGCCCGACGAGGACGGGGCGUCCAGCGACGCCACGGAGGGACACGACGACGAGGAUGAGAUCUACGAGGGCGAGUACCAAGGCGUGCCCGCCUGCCAAGACGGGCCGGUCGCCCUCGGCCAGCCGGCCGGUGACGGCCCAAAGAGUCAGAAGGAGCUGGAAGGCGAGCGGCAGGCGGACGAGGAGGAGCUGGCGCAGCAGUACGAGCUCAUCAUGCAGGAGUGCGGACACGGGAGGUUCCAGUGGCAGCUCUUCUUCGUGCUGGGCCUGGCGCUCAUGUCGGACGGCGUGGAGGUGUUCGUGGUGGGAUUCGUGCUGCCCAGCGCCGAGACGGACAUGUGCGUCCCCAACUCCGGCGCCGGAUGGCUUGGAAGCACGGUGUACCUGGGGAUGAUGUUCGGGGCCUUCUUCUGGGGGGGUCUGUCGGACAGGCUGGGCCGCCGACAGUGCCUGCUGAUAUCCAUGUCGCUCAACGGCUUCUUCGCCUUCCUCUCCUCCUUCGUGCAAGGCUACAGCAUGUUCCUCUUCUGCCGCAUGCUGUCGGGAUUCGGGAUCGGCGGCGCCGUGCCCAUCGUCUUUUCGUACUUCGCCGAGGUGCUGGCUCGGGAGAAGCGAGGCGAGCACCUGAGCUGGCUCUGCAUGUUCUGGAUGAUCGGGGGAAUCUACGCCUCGGCCAUGGCGUGGGCCAUCAUCCCGCACUACGGUUGGAGUUUCAGCAUGGGCUCCGCCUACCAGUUCCACAGCUGGAGAGUGUUUGUGGUGGUGUGCGCCUUCCCCUGCGUCUCCGCCGUGGUCGCCCUCACCUUCAUGCCGGAAAGCCCUCGGUUCUUCCUACAGAUGGGCAAACACGACGAGGCGUGGAUGGUCCUUAAACAAAUCCACGACACCAACAUGCGAGCCCGCGGGGAGCCGGAGAGAGUCUUCACCGUCAACCGCAUCAAGAUCCCCAAGCAGCUGGACGAGCUGGUGGAGAUGCAGAGCGAGUCCAGCAACGCGGCCAUCAAAGUUCUCAUCAAAGUCAAGACGGAACUCCGGGGGAUCUGGUCCACGUUCAUGAGAUGCUUCGACUACCCUGUGAAGGACAACACCAAGAAACUGGCGGUGGUUUGGUUGACGCUCUCCUUCGGGUACUACGGACUGUCGGUGUGGUUCCCCGACGUGAUCAAGCACCUCCAGGCCGACGAGUACGCCUCCAGGGUGAAGAUUCACAACAACGAGCGCAUCGAGGACUUCACCUUCAACUUCACCCUGGAGAACCAGAUCCACAGAAACGGGGUGUUCCUCAACGACAGGUUCAUCAGUAUGAAGUUCAAGGCCGUGUCCUUCAUCAACUCCUCCUUCAUGAAUUGCUAUUUUGAGGACGUCUCCUCGGUGGGGUCCUCCUUCAAGAACUGCACCUUUGUCGACUCCUUCUUUUACAACACAGAUAUCGACGAUGCCAAGCUGACAAAUUCCAGGGUCAUCAGCAGCUCCUUCCACCACAACAAGACGGGCUGUCAGAUGACCUUCGAUGACGACUACAGCGCCUACUGGGUCUACUUUGUCAACUUCCUGGGAACGCUGGCUGUGCUGCCCGGAAACAUCGUCUCGGCCCUCCUCAUGGACAAAAUAGGGCGUCUCAGCAUGUUAGGAGGCUCAAUGGUGCUGUCGGGCAUCAGCUGCUUCUUCCUUUGGUUCGGCACCAGCGAGUCCAUGAUGAUCUUCAUGCUGUGUCUCUACAACGGCCUCAGCAUUUCCGCCUGGAACUCCUUGGACGUUGUCACCACAGAGCUCUAUCCCACGGACAGGAGGUGAGUCCGGGACCAGUUGGGCCUAUUUCCGCGUCACGUGCACAUUAUCACGGGGUCCCGAUCUGAUACCGAUAUCAGUCCGAU